GGCAGCUAGCUGAGAGCCUCCAGCUCAGGUAGUGAGCGAGCUCCUCUCUGCCCCUGGCCUCUUCUUCGUUCAUUCUUGUCCACUCGAGGACUGCCCGUUUGACGACUGCUCGAUCAGUGUGCUAGCUAGCUAGAGCAAGAGAAGGGCUGUAAGCGAGGAGAUCGAUCGAGAUGGCUUUCCUCAACAUGGAGCAGCAGACCUGGGCCUUCACCUUUGGUAUCCUAGGUAACAUAGUCUCACUGAUGGUGUUUCUUUCACCGCUGCCGACGUUCUACCGCGUGUACCGCAACAAGUCGACGGAGGGGUUCCAGUCGACGCCGUACGUGGUGACGCUCUUCAGCUGCAUGCUGUGGAUCUUGUACGCCCUGCUCAAGCCCGGCGCCGAGCUGCUGGUCACCAUCAACGGCGUGGGCUGCGUCGUCGAGACCGUGUACCUGGCCAUGUACCUGGUGUACGCGCCCAAGGCCGCCCGGGUGCUGGCGGCCAAGAUGCUGCUGGGGCUCAACGUCGCCGUCUUCGGCCUCGUCGCGCUCGUCACCAUGCUUCUCUCCGACGCCGGCCUCCGCGUGCACGUGCUCGGCUGGAUCUGCGUCAGCGUCUCGCUCAGCGUCUUCGCCGCGCCGCUCAGCAUAAUGCGGCAGGUGAUCCGGACCAAGAGCGUGGAGUUCAUGCCUAUCUCGCUCUCCUUCUUCCUGGUGCUCAGCGCGGUGGUCUGGUUCGCGUACGGCGCGCUGAAGAAGGACGUGUUCGUGGCGUUCCCCAACGUGCUGGGCUUCGUCUUCGGCCUCGCGCAGAUGGCGCUGUACAUGGCGUACAGGAAGCCCGCGGCGGCGCUGGUGAUAAUACCGGAGCAGUCCAAGGAGGAGGUGGCCGAGGGCAAGGCAAGCUGCGGCGGCGCCGAGGUGCACCCCAUCGACAUCGCGGAGGUCCACGACCUGCAGACCGUGGUCGUCGACGUAGACGUGGAGCCUGUCACCUACGCCGCUGCGUCCGGUAUGGUCGACGGCAGUGUCGGAAGGCCUAGGGCGCCGGAGGAGCUGGUGAUCAAGCCCGACAUGGUCACCGUCAUUGCGGCGGAGGCGUAGGUUGGUUAAGUAGUAGCAGAGUGAGUCGAUAUCGAUCUGCCUACCUACAGUACAGCCGCGGCGGCCAGAUGUACUGGCAGCGUUCAUGCAGGCUCGUUGACUUGACCGGUCGAGAUGGUUGGAGUAGCCGGGCCGAGUAGCCCAGACGUACUGGCCUGUGUCAUGAACCGGCAAGCUGAUAACGCGAGCGAGAGGGACGUUGGUUCAUCACAUUCAGAAGACGGCAAGCUGAUAGUUUCUGUCUCUAGGUCUCUCUGUGUGUGUGUGUCUGUAAUCGACUCCAUCAGCUUGCCGCCUUUCCUGUCCUAUUCUGAUUGUUUUCAUCCAUUGAUGCCGUCGUCGCAGUAAUAAACUUGGAACGAACGAUUCCACACU